AUGGUGCACAUCGGUUCGUCCGCGGCGCAGGCCCCGACCGAAACCGUCCAGAUGAACCCCGAUACCGCCCGCCGCAUGUCCAUCGCCGAUGCCGACGUCGCUGGCCUCGCCCGGGAAGCGGCCAACGCGACCGAGGCCGAGCUCAAUAUGGGCCUCAUGCAAUCGCUCAAGCUCUACCCCAAGGCCGUCAUGUGGUCGCUCUUCUUCAGCACCGCCGUCGUCAUGGAGGGCUUCGACAAGACCCUCAUCGGCAACUUGUUCGCCUACGACGUCUUCCAGAAGAAGUUUGGUGAUAUCCAGCCCGAUGGCACUUAUCAGUUGACGGCGGCCUGGCAGGCUGGUCUCAGCAACGGCGCUCUUGUCGGCGAGAUCACCGGCCUGUUCCUCAAUGGUAUCAUUGCUGAGCGGUUCGGAUACCGCAAGACCAUGAUUGGUGGCCUCAUUGGCGUCACGUCUUUCAUCUUCAUCAUUUUCUUCUCCCAGACCCUUGUCCAGCUCCUGAUUGGGGAGAUCCUCAUCGGCAUCCCAUGGGGUAUCUUCGAGACCCUGACCGUCUCCUACGCCUCCGAAGUCUGUCCCACACAUCUCCGAGCCUAUCUUACCACCUACGUCAACCUCUGCUGGGUCAUGGGCCAACUCAUCGCCAGCGGUGUCCUCCGAGGCGUCAUCUCCCGCACGGACGAAUGGGGAUACAAGAUCCCCUUCGCGCUGCAGUGGAUGUGGCCCGUCCCACUCAUGAUUGGCAUCUUCUUCGCCCCUGAAUCACCAUGGUGGCUCAUCCGCAAGGAGCGCCUCGAAGACGCCAAGAAGUCUCUGCUCCGUCUCACCAGCCGCAACCAACAGCAAAACUUCAACCCCGACGAGACCAUCUCCAUGAUGGUUCACACCAAUGAGCUGGAGAAGGCUGCUCAGACCGGAACAAGCUACAUCGACUGCUUCAAGGGCGUCGACCUCCGCCGUACUGAGAUUGUCUGUGUGGUGUGGGCUAUCCAGACUCUUUGCGGCUCGACGUUUAUGGGAUACUCGACAUACUUUUAUCAGCAAGCAGGCAUGGCCAAGGACAACGCAUUCACAAUGUCCUUGGCCCAGUACGCGCUCGGCGCAAUCGGCACCGUCUUCUCGUGGUAUUUGAUGCAGCACAUUGGCCGACGUACGCUCUACCUCUCUGGCCAGGGCAUCAUGUGCGCCAUCCUCCUAGCCAUCGGCUUCGCCUCCUUGGCCGGAAAGUCCAAUGUCGCUGCACAGUGGGCCAUUGGCAGCUUGCUCCUCGUCUACACCUUCAUGUACGACUGCACCGUCGGCCCCGUCUGCUACUCUCUCGUCUCUGAACUGAGCUCGACCCGUCUGAGGACCAAGACUGUUGUGCUCGCGCGUAACCUCUACAACAUCGUCGGCAUCACGACCAACGUCCUCACCCCGCUGAUGCUCAACCCUUCCGCGUGGAACUGGGGGGCCAAGAGCGGCUUCUUCUGGGCGGUGAGCUGCGCCAUCUGCUUCGUCUGGACGUGGUUCCGUCUCCCCGAGCCCAGAGGCCGCACCUACGGCGAGCUCGAGAUUCUGUUUGACCAGCAUGUCCCGGCGCGCAAGUUCAUAAAGACGGAGGUCGCGGGCCUGACUCGCAGAACGCACUCGAAUGACGGGCUUUCCGAUGAGAAAUCCAUGGCGGGUGUCAGUGAGAUUGAGAAGACCGCUUCAGCAUAG